GACCCCAGGCCACGUAUGUGAAUGGUGGCCUUCCGGCCACACAGCACAUCAAGCAGGAGUCCCUGCCUGACUACCGGGCCAUGACGGAAGCUCGCACACCCCUGUCUGCUCACUGCCGGGCCCCGCCAGCCACUGGCUUGCACUCAGAUCUGGACCUGCCGGGCCGAGGCCUCGCCAACCCCGCACCUUCCUGCUACCUUCUGGGCAGUGAACCCAGCUCUGGCCUGGGCCCCCAGCCCGAGGCCCACCUCCCCGAGGGUGGCCUGAAACGCUGCUGCCUCCUGGGCCUGCCCUCCACCUCUUCGGCCUCCCCCUCCCCCUGCGCUUCCUCUGACGUCACCUCCAUCAUCCGCUCUUCCCAGACGGCUCUGGUCACCUGCGUGAAUGGACUCCGGAGCCCCCCUCUGCCGGGAGACCCGGGGGGGCCCCCCAAGCGAGCCCGGCCUGGCCCUGCAACCACAGAGAGCCACGAGGGCGGCUUGCAACUUGAAGCCUGCCGGAAAGCAGGCUUCCUGAAGCAGGAGCCUGCGGAUGAGUUCUCAGAUCUCUUUGGGCCUCCCCAGCAAGGCCUGCCGCCCCCCUACCCCGUGUCUCAGUUGCCGCCCGGCUCGGGCCUCGGAGGCCUGGGGCUGGGCCUGGUGGGCAGGGGGGUGGCCGGACGGCAGGCGUGCCGCUGGGUGGACUGCUGUGCGGCCUACGAGCAGCAGGAGGAGCUGGUACGGCACAUCGAGAAGAGCCACAUUGACCAGCGCAAGGGCGAGGACUUCACCUGCUUCUGGGCGGGCUGCGUGCGCCGCUACAAGCCCUUCAAUGCCCGCUAUAAGCUGCUCAUCCACAUGAGAGUGCACUCGGGUGAGAAGCCCAACAAAUGCAUGUUCGAAGGCUGCAGCAAGGCCUUCUCACGGCUGGAGAACCUCAAGAUUCACCUGCGGAGCCACACGGGCGAGAAGCCAUACCUGUGCCAGCACCCAGGCUGCCAGAAGGCCUUCAGCAACUCCAGCGACCGUGCCAAGCACCAGCGCACCCACCUUGACACGAAGCCGUACGCCUGUCAGAUCCCUGGCUGCUCCAAGCGCUACACGGACCCCAGCUCCCUCCGAAAGCACGUGAAGGCCCAUUCAGCUAAAGAGCAGCAGGUGCGUAAGAAGCUGCACACAGGCCCUGAUACUGAGGCUGACGUUCUGACCGAAUGUCUGGCCCUGCAGCAGCUCCACGGGUCCACACAGCUGGCGGCCGGCGAGAGGAAGGGUGGCCGCGCCCCGGAGCUGCUCCCAGGCGUAUAUCCUGGCUCCAUCACCCCCCAUAAUGGGCUCGCAUCAGGCAUCCUGCCCCCCAUGCACGAUGUCCCUUCCAGGCACCACCCACUGGACGCCACCACCAGCUCCCACCACCAUCUGUCCCCCCUGCCCGCGGCCGAGAGCACCAGGGAUGGGUUGGGACCCGGCCUCCUCUCACCUAUGGUCAGCCCACUGAAGGGGCUUGGGCCACCACCGUUGCCACCAUCCUCCCAGAGCCAUUCUCCGGGGGGCCAGCCCUUCCCCACACUCCCCAGCAAGCCACCCUACCCGCCUUUCCAGAGCCCUCCACCCCCGCCUCUGCCCAGUCCGCAAGGGUACCAGGGCAGCUUCCACUCCAUCCAAAGUUGCUUCCCCUAUGGUGACUGCUACCGGACGGCCGAGCCAGCAGCCAGCGGGGACAGUCUGGCCGGGGAAGCCCACGGCUUCAACCCCCUGCGGCCUAAUGGCUACCACAGCCUCAGCGCACCUUUACCUGCCACAGGCUACGAGGCCCUGGCCGAAGCCCCAUGCCCCACAGCACUGCCACCACAGCCAUCUGAAGACAUUGUGUCCAGUGGCCCCGAGGACUGCGGCUUCUUCCCCAAUGGGGCCUUUGACCACUGCCUGAGUCACAUCCCGUCCAUCUACGCAGACACCUGAAGGAAGGCCCAGCCUGCACCUGUCCUCCCUCCAUCGCAGACAC